GUAAGACGAGGAGCUCAAAGCAGGUUUUUGCCGAUUUUGCGAGUUCGGAAUAAUGGGCUCCAUGUGGAACCCACAAGUUGACGGAUUCGAGCAUCCUUACAGUGGAAGGAAAUCGAGGAUAGGAGGCGGAGGCGGAGGCGGAGGCGGAGACGGUGAGCGAGAGAUGGAGGGACCUCCGGCGAACGAUCGCUGUUCUAUUUGCAUGGCAAGUUUCGAGGUUCCUUGCCAAGCUAACUGCUCACACUGGUUCUGCGGAAAAUGCAUUAUGCUUGUUUGGCAACAUGGGUCGACGCUUUUUCCAUGUAAAUGCCCAUUAUGUCGUCGUCAGAUUACGUUGUUGGUUCCUGGCGAGGAUGCAUUAAGGGAUCGUCAUAACCCAGCAGUUGCAGAGGUUUUGGAAAAUAUUGAAAAUUACAAUCGAUUUUUUGGUGGACAAGCCAGUGGUCUCACUCAGAGACUAAGAGACCUUCCUUUUCUGUUGCGGAGGUUGGUGAGGGAAAUGAUAGAUCCUCGGAGAUCACUUCCUCUUGUUAUCAGAGCACGUGUCUUUAUUGCAAUGUUUCUAAGUGCUGUUUAUGUAUUAAGCCCCAUAGACAUUAUUCCAGAAGCAAUCUUGGGAGUAGUUGGUCUCCUGGAUGAUCUUCUUAUAGUACUCAUCUGCUUUCUCCAUGUUGCUGCACUCUAUCGGUCUGUACUCCACCACCGACAUGGAGGUGCAGGUUCUUGAAGAUUAAUCUUUAAUGGAACUUGAAACGUUUUCAAGAUAUUAGCAUUUACUAUUUACUUCCAGGAGAAGAACAUUACUAUGAAAAAAUUUACAAAGCAUGCAAUUAUGUAUAAGUGUAGCAAACUGGGUUAGCUCUAUUUAUUUUGCUUUCUCUAUCGGGUUUUUCUAUUAUGUGCCGUUAGGGUAGGUUAAGGAUGUAUUUAUUAUACCUUUUAUAAUUAAUUUGGAUGAAAAAUAUAAAUGUUGACUUUAA